GCGAGUGCGCCUGCGCGGAGCCCGAACUCGGUCGCAACCUCUCGGCGGCCGCUGCUCCUGAAGAGCCGGAGCGCUAGCCCGAGCCGGGACCGGCUGAGGCGGCUGCGAGGCGGCUCCGCCCCGGGGCUCCAUUGUUGCGGCGGCGGCGGCGGCGGCUCUGCCGGCUGCUCGGCUCCGCCUGGCUCGGCCAGGGCGGCCUCCGACUAGGAGCGAUCGCUGCCCCAGAGGCGGCCUGAGCAAUGGAAGAGUUAAUAGUUGAACUUCGUCUCUUUCUUGAACUCCUGGACCACGAGUAUCUCACCUCAACUGUCAGGGAGAAAAAGGCAGUCAUCACAGACAUCCUGCUGAGGAUACAGUCGUCCACAGGUUUUGAAGUGAAGGAUCAUGCCACAAAGCUGGAGACCCCCAGCAGCCUGCCAGCCCCUCCCCAGAUGCCUUUGCCCGAGAUUCCACAGCCGUGGCUGCCACCCGACAACGGGCCGCCACCGCUCCCAACGUCCUCUCUCCCGGAAGGCUACUACGAGGAGGCCGUGCCCCUGAGUCCUGGGAAAGCUCCAGAGUACAUCACCUCAAAUUAUGACUCUGAUGCGAUGAGUAGCUCUUACGAAUCAUACGAUGAGGAAGAGGAGGAUGGGAAGGGGAAGAAGACGCGGCACCAGUGGCCUUCGGAGGAAGCCUCCAUGGACCUGGUGAAGGACGCCAAGAUCUGUGCCUUCCUCCUGCGGAAGAAGCGCUUCGGGCAGUGGGCUAAGUUACUCUGCGUCAUCAAAGACACCAAACUGCUGUGCUACAAAAGUUCCAAGGACCAGCAACCCCAGAUGGAACUGCCGCUCCAAGGUUGCAACAUUACAUAUAUCCCGAAAGACAGCAAAAAGAAGAAGCAUGAGCUGAAAAUCACCCAGCAGGGCACAGACCCACUUGUUCUUGCCGUCCAGAGUAAGGAGCAGGCUGAACAGUGGCUGAAGGUGGUCAGGGAGAUCUGCAGUGGCUGCAGCGGGCCCGCCGAGCCGGAGUGCCCUCCCCCGGCGAGCUCCCCGGUGCACAAGGUGGAGCUGGAGAAGAAACUGUCUUCAGAGAGACCAAGUUCAGAUGGUGAGGGUGUUGCCGAAAAUGGAAUUGCUAUGUGUAAUGGAAAAGAACAAGUCAAGAGGAAAAAAAGUUCCAAAUCAGAGGCCAAGGGAACCGUGUCUAAAGUCACUGGGAAAAAAAUCACCAAGAUCAUCGGUUUGGGAAAGAAAAAGCCGUCGACGGAUGAGCAGACCUCCUCGGCAGAGGAAGACGUGCCGACGUGCGGCUACCUGAACGUGCUCUCCAACAGCCGCUGGCGGGAGCGCUGGUGCCGCGUCAAGGACAACAAGCUCAUCCUGCAUAAGGACAGGGCCGACCUGAAGAUGCACAUCGCCUCCAUCCCGCUGCGCGGCUGCGAGGUCAUCCCGGGCCUGGACUCCAAGCACCCCCUGACCUUCCGGCUGCUUCGCAACGGCCAGGAGGUGGCCGUGCUGGAGGCAUCUUCUUCUGAAGACAUGGGAAGAUGGAUUGGGAUUUUGCUGGCUGAGACGGGGUCCUCGACAGACCCCGGGGCCCUGCACUAUGACUAUAUAGACGUGGAGAUGUCCGCGAACGUCAUUCAGACGGCCAAGCAAACCUUCUGCUUCAUGAACCGGCGUGUUCUGUCCACUAACCCCUACGUGGGGAGCACCUCCAACGGCUACGCGCACCCCAGCGGGACGGCGCUUCACUACGAUGACGUCCCCUGCAUCAGCGGCUCGUCGAAGGGUAAGAAGCCCCCCAUGGCCUCCAAUGGCGUCAUGGGCAAAGGCAAGGCUCCGAGCGGGCAGCAGAAAAAGCCUGACUCGGCGGCUGGCGUGAAGCGGACGCCUUCAAAUGCCGACCAGUACAAAUAUGGCAAGAACCGGGUGGAGGCAGAUGCCAAGCGGCUGCAGGCCAAAGAGGAGGAGCUGCUGAAGAGGCGGGAGGGCCUGCGAGACAGGCUGGCCCAGCUGCGCAAGGAGAGGAAGGGGCUGAGGGCAGCCAUCGAAGUGAACACCGGCAGGAAGACCCAGGUAGUCCUGGAAGAGAAGCUGAAGAAGCUGGAGGAGGAGUGUAAGCAGAAGGAGACGGAGCGCGUCAACCUGGAGCUGGAGCUGACAGAGGUCAAGGAGAGCCUCAAGAAGGCGCUGGCCGGCGGCAUCACCCUCGGGCUGGCCAUUGAGCCCCGCUCAGGGACAUCCAGCCCGCAGUCUCCAGUUUUCAGGCAUCGGACUCUGGAGAACUCACCCAUGUCCAGCUGUGAGACCAGCGAUGCAGAGGGCCCGCUGCCCGUGAACAGUGCGGCCGUCCUGAAGAAGAGCCGGCCGGCCCCUGGCAACUCGCCCUGCCGCGGCCACGUGCUACGGAAAGCCAAGGGGAUCUUCCCGACCCAGGGUUUGAACCCGGGUCUCUCGCCUUGCAGGCAGACUCUUUACCAUCUGAGCCAUCAGGGAAGCCUGUUUACCCGGAGCCCACCUGAAAAGCCUGGAUUUCUCGCAAAGCCGGCUGUCUGGUCUGCGAGCUGCCACCUGGCUCCCAACGCUCAGGUUCAUCCUCCGUAGUUGAUACGGCGGGUGGGGGCGCGUCUCGCCCAUACCUGUGGCCCCGACCCCAGGAAAUCCAGGCAGGAAGUGCGGAGCCCAUCUCCCCAGCGAUGCUCCCCCUGUUCUCCCAUCCACGCAGGAGGCUGGACCACAUGGCGUCAUAUGAAGCUGAGUUCCCAUAAACUGUGAGCCACUAUAGAUUCCCGCUGCCUUGCGGUCAAGUGAGCAUUCUCCAUCGUGGCUGUCCGGCUCCUCUGAUUGGUAGCCGGCUUUGUCCAAGAGGACAGUCAGGCUCCGAUCAUUACUGACUGAGAAGGGAGAAGGUGAUCUUAGCCUGGCGCAGGUGGGCGGAGUCAACCAGCUGUGGGCCGGUUGGCAGCAGUCGCCGCGACCAUCUCUGUGGGUGGCACCCGAGGACAGCGGUUGGUACCAGAGGCAGGAUUUGGGCCCUGGUCUUCAGACUCCUGGUGUACGUAUUUCCUGCCUAAAAAAACCCACGUUUUUAAAUUCACUUUCACAACCAUAAGCCUUUUAAAGAGAACGGAGGAUUCAACCCUGUCUCGUUCCCCGCAGCCACGUAAAACGGGCGCCGUGGGGGUCAAAGCCACCAGCGUCAGGCUGUGUGAUGUCAUGCGUUUCCCUCGACAUCUUAGAUUCAAUCAGAAAGUUAAGGCAUUUGCUUCAAAAUAAGUUAUUUAUUUGUAUAUGUUCAGUAAGUAUAGUUUUUAAUUUAUAUCUGUACAUAUUAGACACACCGUGGACAUCCUGUCAGAAUCCUGGCAGUGACAGCGAUCUCUGUAGCCCACCCGAAAUGCGCCCCAGGGGGCUGCCCCCUCGCCCCAGGGGAGACCAGGAGGCAGUGGUGACGGAGCCAGCUCGGGGGAGAGGCAGCCGGCCUGGACCCUUGCUCUGGGGUGCAGGCCCCCAUCCCCUGGGAGCAGCGGAUCCUUGGGCCACGUCCCCAUCCCUCCGACAGACGGUCGUGAUCACAGGGUGCUGGCCAAAUAGGAUCCUGACCGAAAUGAGAUGAACGUGGUGGCCGGACCAGAGCCCUGGCGUGAGACAGUCGCCUCCCCGGGGUCUCGAGGUCCUUCCCUUAGGACGGGGCGACCGUCAGCCUCUCUGGCUUGUGUUCCUGGCUCUGUUUUGGCAAGGGUUCAUCCACCUUGAAAAUCCCCUCAUUUUCACAUUUUUAUGAAGUGAAGUGAAAGUCGCUCAGUCGUGUCUGACUCUUUGUGACCCCAUGGACUAUACAGUCCAUAGGAUUCUCCAGGCCAGAAUCCUGGAGUGGGGCAGCCUUUCCCUUCUCCAGGGGAUCUUAACCCAGGGAUGGAACCCAGGUCUCCCAUAUUGCAGGUGGAUUCUUUACCAGCUGAGCCACCAGGGAAGCCCAAGGAUACUGGAGUGGGUAGCCUACACUACAUUUUUAUAGUGUUUUUCAUUCAUUCACCAACCUUUUGCACAGACAUAGAGGGCACGCCACGUCACCCUCGACGUGGGCUCAGGAAGGGGAGAGGACUGCCCCUCCCAGGCCACCGAGAGCUGAGCAGGGCCAGUCUGGGGGUCCGAGGCGCCAACAGCCCCCCGCCUCCCGAGAGCCGCCUGCGGGAGCCUGCCGGGGCCGGGGUGCCUGCACGCGCGUCUCCCCAGGCUCUUCUCCCAGGGACUGUGUAGAACCAGUCGUGGCCCUCGGUCCACACACCUUGGCUUUGUCCAGCUGGACCGUCCCCUUGUCCACCUCCCUGGUCCCUCAGCUAGUUUGGGGUGUUUUCGUGAAAACCCACGAUGACCCUGAUGGGCUGGAGACGUGCCAACUUGGAAAAAUCUGUCACAGAAAGUGAAAGGUGUGUGUCCUGGCCCUGGAGGCCGGCCCCCAGUGAGGGGUUCAGGCUGCUGUUCACUGAGACAGGCUGCUGGGUUUGCAUUUCCCAGGGGAGAGCGCAGGGCUGAAGCUGGGCUGGGCGUGAGGGUGGUGGGCAGAACGCUGUUGUUUGCGGCCCCAGCCUUUCUUUCCCGAAGAAUGAGUGUCAUGUCAGCGCCCUCUUUGGAAGGAAAUGAAAACUUUGCCCAUGGGCAGCCUUCUCUGAUUAUUCACCAGCGUCUGUCCUGGGACUGGAGCCUUCGCAGCCUGGCCCAGGGGCGGGCACUCGGGCAGGGCCUUCCCUGUGUGUCUGUGCCCCAGCUGGGCCGCUCCGCCCAGCGACGCCUCCUCUAGGAGCCAGCAGGACGCCCGGGCGUCUCCACCUCCACUCAGCAACACUUCAGUAUUAAACUGUUGCCUUCCUCUUUUUUUUUUUUUUUCCCCUAAAUUAAGGUUUUUAACGGAAAAAUAAUAAUUUCAGACCAUGGCAUAGUUUUAAAGAGGGUAUUUUGUUGUUCUUGUCCUUACUGUCUUAUUAUUAUCCCCAUGAUGGACUGGGUUGAUACUGUGAAAUAAACUAGAAAUAAAUUAACAUUUUCAUGCCCCUCCCCAACACACACACACAUACAUACUACACACGGCUCAGCAUCCCAGUAACAGAAGCAGCCUCUUGGUGGGCCCCGAGCCCUAGCAGGACUGUCUGUCCUGUGUCCUUGGUGAAGACGAGAGAGCUUCACGCGCAGGGAAUGUUGGCCUCAUGUGCACCCCAUCUUUUGUGAAAUAACUCAGUUAUGUCCUUCCAGAUAAACCCAGCUUGACAGCAGACAAGCAUCACCAGGUGUUUCUAUUUGUUGCCACGGAAGAAACUCUCCAGAUGGAAUCAUCAGAUCAUAGUUCUUAGGGACCAGAGGUGUUUUUAAUAAGAUAAUCUUUGAUUUUUUUUUUCUAAAAAGAAAGGAAACACUAACUUUAAACUUUUAACAUUAACUUUUAAAUUAUACGUGUUCAGCGUUAAUUGACCAUGGCUGUGAGUUGUAAAAUGUUUUCAUAUUAAGAAUGUAAUUAUUUCCUUAUUGUAUUUUUUAAAAGCUAAAGUCAUAUUUAAAAUUCUCUUUGAAACAGGCAAGAAACGGGAAAGGUUUUUUUAAUUAAAUAUGUUGGCAAUGUCCAUUUUAAAUAACUGUAAAUAUAUUUUCACUGUUUCACCAUGUAUUUAAUUCAUAAAGUAAAAAAAGAAAAAUUUAUCAGAAGAGACUCGCAUUGGAAAUACUCAUUUUCAGUCCAUUUGCCCAAUUUUGUAAUAGCUUCACUUGACUUUUCUGCUUUGCUAUGGAUUUUCUACAGUUUUACACGGUGUAGCCCACAGACUGGCGCCCUCGGGCGUGCCAUCUUUGUGUAUUGCUAAUAAACUCGGCUCUCCCAAUCCA